UCUUUCUUUUUAUACUCAACCUUCAACGUUCCAUAUAAAUGCACGUCCAACCUUUGUCAUCUUUAAAUUUUUCAUACAUUUCAUGUAAUAAACACAUAGAAGUGCAAAAAAAAAAUAGAGUGAAAAAAGGUACAAAAAAAUGGGGAGAGAUUUUCACUUAUGUGUCGGAAAUGGGAUUUGUGCAAAAAUUAGCAAUAAAUGGGAGAUGUUUGAGGAACGUAUCAAUGAAGCUGUUUCAAACAGCAAAGUUGGUAAGUUUUUCAAGUUAGAAGCAAGAAAUACGUGUUUUACAAAAGAGUUACGUGCUGCUACGACUACUUUUUUGACCAUGUUGUACAUUAUUACUGUUAAUGCUAGUGUUAUUGCUGAUUCUGGCGGCCGUUGUUCGGCCGCCAAUUGUUCGCCCCCGGGUGGGCCUGAGUGCGUACUCAAGCCUAACCCGGGGUACGAGAAGUGUUUGGCUCAACUCAAGAAUGAUCUUGUUGUGGGUACCGCUUUGUCGGCUUUUGUGGGCUCGGUUGCUAUGGGCUUGUUUGCUAAUCUUCCUUUUGGGUUGGCCCCUGGUAUGGGGGCCAAUGCUUACUUGGCUUACAACUUGGUGGGCUUUCAUGGGACUGGGCCCAUGUCUUACGAGACAGCCCUUGCUGUGGUGCUAGUUGAAGGAGUUGCUUUCCUUCUCAUUGCCGUUCUCGGGCUUCGGGCCAAGCUGGCCCGGUUGAUUCCUCAACCGGUUCGGCUUGCAUGUGCUGCGGGAAUUGGGCUCUUCAUUGCAUUCACCGGGCUGCAGUCCCAUCUUGGAUUGGGCGUGGUGGGCCCUGAUUCAUCCACAUUGCUGACCCUAACCGGUUGCCGGACCACUGACCCAGUUACGGGCCAGUGUUUAGCAGGAACAAUGCAAAGCCCAACUUUAUGGUUGGGCCUAGUAGGCCUCUUGAUAAUCUCAUAUGGGCUUAUGAAGAACGUCAAGGGUAGCAUGAUAUAUGGUAUACUUUUUGUAACAUUUAUAUCAUGGUUUAGAGGAACUAGUGUUACAUACUUCCCAUAUACAACAAGUGGUGAUGCAAGCUUCAAUUACUUCAAAAAAGUGGUUGAUUUUCAUAUGAUAAAAUCCACAGCAGGUGCAUUUAGCUUUACACACUUUAAUACUAGCCAAGUUUGGGUAGCUUUGGUGACAUUAUUAUACGUAGAUGUGUUAGCUACAACAGGCACAUUAUACACUAUGGCUGAAGUUGGUGAGUUUAUAGAUGACAAAGGUAGUUUUGAAGGUGAAUAUGCUGCUUACAUGGUUGAUGCAAGUUCCACCAUCGUCGGGUCUGCGCUUGGCGUGUCUCCGAUUGCCACAUUUAUCGAGUCAACAGCCGGGAUCCAAGAAGGCGGUCGAACAGGAUUAACGGCGGUAAUCAUUGGGAUUUACUUCCUCAUAUCAAUAUUUUUCACCCCACUAAUGACUAGUGUACCACCAUGGGCUAUAGGGCCAGGAUUAGUUGUAGUUGGAGUUUUAAUGAUGAAAGUGGUAAAAGAGAUUGAUUGGAGUAACAUGAAGGAAGCAAUGCCAGCCUUUAUUACCAUGAUCCUAAUGCCCUUAACUUACUCCAUAUCAAACGGGAUAAUUGGAGGGAUUGGAUUUUAUGUUGCACUUAGUUUAUAUGAUUAUGGUGUAACAAUGAUUAAGUGGGUGAUUAGGAUGCGAAGAACCGUGGUUAGGGAAGAAAAUCAAGUAUUAGCAGUUCCAGUGCCUGAUAUUGAAGCUUGAUGUUGAAGAUUUAGACAUGUUUAGGAAUCUAAUUUGAAGAUGUUGUUAGAGUAUUCACUUAGCUCAAUUAGUAUGAAAUAUGUAUGCACAAGGUUCCAUGAGAGCUUUACUUCCUUGUAGUGAGUAGACACAUAGGUUUAGUUAUCUCUCAAGGCUUUUUGUGCAUACUAUAUGAAUAUAUAAAAUCUAUAUUUGGGGAAAUAUUUGUCUUU